ACGGCCGCGUAUAGUUUGUUUCCCCCAUGAUUUAUUGGUUUUUUUUUUUCAAAGACGUUUACUCUAUACCGGUGGAAAAUGAGAGCUAUUGGGCUAAUUUUCUCACCCUUGUUACUGAUUUAUCUCUUCUCACUACCUUUUUCACUAUUUUGCUCAGUUGAAUGGUUCUUCUUUUUUUUUUAUUGUUUUUUACAAUUUGGAUGUGAUUUUCAUCACGAUUAGGGAGGUGCAACGAGGUGUGGACGGGUGGAUAUAUAAAAUCAGAGUGGCGGCGCUCCGGCAAAACAAAAGCGAUAUUUGAUAACCAGCUAUGCCCUGCGGGCUUGCGCUGGCGGAGGGCCUUAAUGAAUCUAUGAUGGACAGAAUUGGUGGCGUUGCAGGUCGAUUCGAUACCUCUUCUCAAACUUUUUGCUUCCCGAUGCAUCGUCAAAAUGUCGGAGUCCUGGCUGGUAUGGGAAAGAAAUGCGGGAUAUCACUUAGCUUUGCAUGUAGUACGUAUAUCACUGGUGUUAUGGGCGAUGUUCAAGGUAGUCAAGUCUCUUUUUUCGGUUACGAGCAGAUGGCAAGGCAAAAGGCAAAGCAACUGUUUGGUUACAGUAUCAUGUAUGAGAUAAUGGAGGGUGCUCUUUACACAAGGAGUGGACCCUGGGACGAAUGAGUUUUGAAUGACUUGAAUUUUUGUUUGGACUUUGGAUACCUAGGUACUAUGUUAUGAUAUCAGGAUGAAGGAGUUUCAGGGCCCAGUGUAGUGCGGCAUGGCACAUUGUGACGAGGUG